AUGAUAUUGUUGAAAGGAAUAGGAGAUCCUUCUGUCUUAUUUGCGUUGAUCACUAGGAAAGGUCAUUCUGACCUAAUGACUCGACCGUCGUAUGAUCCAUAUUUGGACAAUCUUAAAAGUCCUUUAAUUCGAGACGAAAGCGAUGGAAAAACCCUUAGGCUGAGAUUCGAUGUUGCUCAGUAUAAGCCUGAAGAGGUUACUGUGAAAACCAUCGACAAUCGACUUCUUGUUCACGCCAAACAUGAAGAGAAAACCCCCCAGCGAACUGUCUUCAGAGAGUAUAACCAGGAAUUCCUACUUCCCCGCGGAACAAACCCGGAGCAGAUUUCAUCGACUCUCUCAACUGAUGGUGUUCUAACCGUUGAGGCUCCUUUGCCGCACUUAGCGAUUCAACAAUAA